AACUUGAUCCAUCGGGUGUGAUUACUGCUAAAGAAAAACAAAUUCGUGAAACUCUACUUAAACUUGAAUCAAUCGAUGGUGAUGGUAACGCUUCACUUACAAUAGAAGAACUCGCAACAGUACGUCGCGAAUUGGCUGAAUCAAGAAAUUUAGUUUCAACGCACGAGCAAACCAUUAAUGAAUUACAUUAUGAAAAUGAACGUCUAACAAGACAAAGAGAUGAAUUUGAAAUUCGUUUGUCUACCUUAGAGACCGAAUAUGAAGAAUUGCUAGAUAAAACAAUUGCUGAAGAAGAAGCAAACAGUACCAUUGACAUUAACGAAACAUUAGCAGAAUUAAAGGGUAAACUUGAGGCUCAAUUCACCGCCAAGAAAGAAGUACAACAAAAAGAAAUUGAAGAAUUAAAACAAGAGCUAGAGAAAAAGAAUGAAGAACUGCACAAACUUAACAGUGCCCUUACUGAUUUGAAACGAGCAAAUGAAGAAUUACAGGUAAUGGUAUUUCCGAAAGCUGAGAUGAAUGCACUUAACGAUAGAGAAAAGGAAGUGCGGCCUGAUAACCAAAAAACUGCAGCAGAUAAAGAAAAGGAUAUGGAGCGAAUUCGCAAAACCAUGGCACAGCAAUUGGCCGAUUUUGAUGUUAUGAAAAAAGCUCUAAUGCGAGAUCUACAAAACCGAUGUGAAAAAGUUGUUGAACUUGAAAUCUCAUUAGAUGAGACACGAGAACAAUAUAAUAAC